AUGGCUUCCAUGAUGGAUGCCAUGCUGGGAAUGAAACAACUAAUGGAGAGUAAUGCGGCCACCGCCACCGCUGUUAGUUCGGCUGCCGAAGCAGACCCGACUCUCCCAACUGCCGCGCACCCCCCUUUUCCAAACGUGGUGGAACGAGAAAAAAGCACACAGGGGCACGUUAGCAACCCCCAUCUAGGUUAUAACCGAGGAACUUACCCCUAUGGUUUACCACCUAAUUACACACCACCCAUCAUGCAUGACGACCCGGGUCACAUUCCUCCCCUCAUCCUCGAGGGGGAGCCUCCUCGACAUCCUGACGAGGUCCACAAAGAUCAUCAAGAGCCUGCUCAGGGAGACGUUGACUCCUACUCCCCGUUUCCUGCCGAGGGACCAGCGCCCAACGCGCUACCUCGACCCAACAUCACGAGAGAACCUCGAAAUCACCCAAUACAGCCGACGUUUCUGCCCGUGGGAGGGCCAUCCCGGGUAGCGGAAGAAAAGGGGAAACUCGAUCUCAUUGAAGAAAGAUUGAGGGCUAUUGAAGGGUUCGGUGAUUAUCCGUUCGCAGACAUGACCGACCUAUGCCUGGUACCGGACGUCGUCAUCCCUCCAAAGUUCAAAGUACCCGACUUCGAUAGGUACAAAGGGACGACUUGCCCCAAGAAUCACCUAAAAAUGUAUUGUCACAAGAUGGGUGCGUAUUCUAGGGAGGAGAAGUUAUUGAUGCAUUUCUUCCAAGAUAGCCUAGCUGGGGCAACGGUCAUUUGGUACACUAAUCUAGAAGCUUCCCACAUCCGCACCUGGAAGGAUCUGAUUACCGCCAUCCUUAGGCAGUAUCAAUACAACUCUGACAUGGCUCCCGACCAAACUCAGCUGCAAAACAUGAUUAAAUGGGAAAACGAGUCCUUUAAAGAAUAUGCUCAGCGUGGGAGGGACCUAGCAGCGCAAGUAGCCCCUCCCAUGGUCGAGAGGGAGAUGGUUACUAUGAUGGUGGAUACCUUGCCUGUGUUUUACUAUGAGAAAUUAGUGGGCUACAUGCCUUCCAACUUCACAGACUUGGUCUUCGCCGGAGAAAGGAUCGAGGUGGGUUUGAAGAGGGGAAAGUUUGAUUACGUCUCCCCGAUAGGUGCCAGCAGUAGGAAGACCAGAAUAGCUGGGGCAAAGAAUAAAGAGGGAGAUGCCCAUACCGUCACCUCAACUCCUGCAUGGCCCAAGCCACCGCAAACCCCCCAUGGUACCCACCAAUAUGCACAACAUCACCCAAGUUUUUCGGCUGGCGCCGAGGUCUCUUCCGAUACGGCACUCACCCAACCAAGGGCACCCACAUCCCCACAGGGGGGAGCUCUCCGGAAUCCAGCUCCGACUCUGCCUCACCCGGCCAACAACGCUCACUUAGGCGCAAACAUGACAAGGAACUUUUUGCCAAGGCAGGCACAGAUCUUCGCCCCGAUCCCGAUGACAUAUGGGGAACUCUUGCCGUCUCUCAUCGCCAACCAAUUGGCCGUGGUGGUCCCGGGAAAGAUCUUCCAGUCCCUGUUCCCAAAAUGGUAUAACCCUAGCGCGACCUGCGCAUACCAUGGGGGGACCCUGGGCCACUCGAUCGAACAGUGCUUGGCCUUGAAAAGCAAGGUCCAAAGCUUGAUAGAGGCCGGGUGGUUGACUUUUCAAGAGGACGGGCCCAACAUAAAAACAAAUCCGCUUGCCAAUCAUGGAGGGGGGGUGGUUAAUGCCAUCGAGGAAAGUAGGUCACGAGGGCCCAAGCUUUUGGAGGACGUAAAGACCCCCAGAAGAUUUAUCUACAAGGCUUUGCAAAAGGUGGGCAUGAUUCCCUGCGGCGGGCGCAGGGAAGACUCUUGCUUAAUGCAUCCGAGUGUACUCCAUGACAUGGAAACAUGUUCGACAGUAAAAGAUCUAUUACAACGGAUGAUAGACCAAGGCCGGCUUGAGGUCGGCAGUAAGAGAGAGGAGGAACAACAUGUAUACAUGCAGUCGACAGAUGAAGAAGGACCUAAAAAGCCUAAACCCUUGAUAAUACACAAGUGA